AUGCAUCGUAAUUUUUACUCUGCUGAGAUACUUAUUUUGCUACUUCUGUAUUAUUUGGGAUGGAAUAAUCCUUCUUAUCCAGUUUUAAAUUGUUCCAGAACAAAAUCGCACUUGGUUCGUAUGAUAAUCCACAAGAAAAUCAUACCUAUCCUCCUUCGGUACAAGCUGUCUUUACCUCUUAGUUGUCCAUUUCAUAAUGAACGAGAUGUUUUGUGGUGGCCAAAUGUGCAAAUCGAUUUCCUCGAUGGAAGUUGGAUGUGCCCUUUCUGUGGUGCUGCAUUUUCCUCAGAAGAGAUAGUAAUGAAUCACUGGGAUGGAAAACAUACCCAUUACGAGACUGAAGAUUCUAUUUGCUUAGCAAGGUUCUGUGACAUAUUUCGUUGUGAAGUAAUUUUGACUGCCUUAGAAAUGGAAAAGCUGAAGGUUUCAUCUGAUGGUCUGCCCAGCAUUCAUUAUAACCAGAAUAAAAUUCAAUGUGAUGAACGAAAAAUGUUCGUCCUACAGAAAAAGUGCAAGGUUAUAAUGAGGCAGUGUUUGCUUGAUAUGUUACCCUCAAUGUCAGACAAAGAUUAUCAAGAUAUCGAAGAUGAAAUCAAUGUUGCAAUAUGCUCAUACCUAACUUGCAAUAAAUACUUAGAUGGAUCUUUACAAACGAUCCAGCCUGUUCCUGUUAUAGUUUGCAUAAUUGUUGGUUCAUUGCUGUUGGGAGGCUUUUGUCUCUGUUAUUAUGUAUUCUACAGUAUAUCUUA